AUAACUUGCUGCAUGCUUAUCAGUUAUCUCAAAGUGGCAGUCAAAUGUCAUAAGCACGGUUAUUAAGCAUAACCAUCAUGGCUACAUGAACAUUCAUGCGGCAUGGACUAAACUUUUAACGUGGUCAUAAUAUCAAUGUUUUAUGUGACAAAUUCAAUAUUUAAAUAUUAAGAUCGCUAUGGUUAUUACUUAUUACUUGUUACCUACUUAUUAGUUAUUAUUAUAAUCUUGUUUUAAAUAAAUCAUUGUUAACGCCUAACGAUAUUAAUUAUUAGUUAAUAUGGAGGGUUUUAAUUUAAAAAAUACUUUUUUCUCGUGUAUUACAAUUAUAGUAUUAAUAUUGUCUAUGCUCUUUUUCUAUGAGCCCGCUCAAAACUUACUGUGUAGCUUCGCGAUUUUUGAACGAUUCUUAAUUAACACACCGAGAGUGUGUUCUCUUUUCGAUACAACUCGAUUAAGUCGUUAUAAAGGUGUUGAUGGAGGCAAAAUAUAUUUAUCUAUUCUGGGUAUUGUAUUUGACGUGACAGAGGGUAGAAGAUUCUAUGGACCCGGUGGUUCGUAUAGUGGAUUUUCUGGUCGUGAUGCCAGUCGUUCAUUUAUAACUGGCUUAUUUGACGAAGAAAACCUAACUGAUCAUGUCAGUGAUAUGGAUCCAAAUGAUUUAAUAGGACUGGAUACUUGGAUCAAUACUUAUAAGAAAAAAUACAAAGAAAUUGGAAAAUUAAUUGGACGUUAUUAUGAUUCAUCUGGUAAAGAAACUGAUUACAGUAAAUUGGUGUUUGAAAAAAUACAAUCAAGUAAAAUGGCUAAAGUAGCUAAAAAUGAAGAAAUGGCACGAUAUCCAAGUUGUAAUAUAGAAUAUGUUCAAGAAAAUCAAAAAAGUAAAGUCUGGUGUACUAAAUUGAGUGGUGGCAUUCAAAGAAAUUGGAUUGGAGUACCUCGUAAAUUACAAUCAUUGGAUGAAAAUGGAAAAUUAUCUAUACGCUGUGCAUGUGUACAACUAGAUACUCUAAGUAAAACUGAACUAAUGCAUAUCAAUGAGUAUGAGGAUUGUGAUGUUAACGCGACAACUUGUUACGUCAAAAUUAGUUAACCUGAUUUGAUCUACUAAUAUGUGUCAUUUCUUGUUUUUGUUAUGCCAUAUUGCUAUUGUAGUAUCAUUCAAAUGCAAAAUGUUCUUUCUGUGAUAAACUCCCAUAUAGUAUCAAAAUCGUUAACCCCAGUGAACAAUAGGAAAAGUUAUAGUAUACCGUUGAAUGAUAUUGUUUAGAAUAAGUUUAAUUAAUGUGCCUACAAACUAUACUAUGUACCAAUUAUAUUAUGAUAUUUACAAUCUUUAUAUACAAAAAUAUUCCUAGGAAAAAGUUACUUAAU